AUGGAAUUAAGUAUCUAUUCAAAAUAAUUGGAUCUUAAGUAUGAUAUUGAGGUAAUUAAGUCAAACAAUGUGGAGAAAAUAGGAUAACAACUUUUAUCUCGAUUUGGAUAUCCAAAAAAAAUAUAGUUUUCAAUUUUUGAUGGAGCUUAAGAAUUGGAUUUAUAAAAGGCAAUUGAAGAAUAUUCAUUAAAUAGAUCCUCAAAUUUAAUAAUUCUAUUUACAAACAAAAUUGAAAUCACUCUUAUACAUAAAUAUUUUAUGAAUUGGAAAAUUAUAGUAGAAUCUUGGGAUAAGUUUAGUGUUAUUUAAAAUAGAAUAUAAAUGUAUUAUGGAUUAUCCUAGAGUUAUGAAAUAUGUUUAAAAGCAUAAAAAACAAUUUAUUGUUCAGAUUUUUUAUUAGUUCAUGAAGAUAUUCAUGAUUCGGUAGAAAUUUAAUGGGAAGCUUAUGAAUAUUUAAAAUAUGAAUUUGAGAAAAAUUAAUAUUAAAUUAAGAUAGAAAUAUCUAAUGAUUGGGAUACUAUUGCUAAUUAAAUUAGAGAGAGAUUAUAAAUAAAAUAAUUUGUAUAAAUUCAUCCAAAACUAUCAAAUAAUAAUUAAUAAAUCAAUCCAGCUGAAUAGUUUUGUAAAUCACAAUUUUCUACUCAAAAAAUUUUUGAAGUAAUAAUUCCUCAAUAAAUUAAUAUUUAAAUAAAAUAUAAAGAACAUGUUUAAAUAUUAAAUGUAAAAUAAGAAGAGAUUGUAAGUAAUUUAAUUGAGAAAUCAAAACAAUAACUAAAGUUAUAAAAUCAAUCAAUUGAUAUAUGUUAUUAAGGUAAAAUUCUUUAAAUGAAUGAAAAAAUCAAUGAUUUAAAUUUACAUAGGAACUCAAUUUUUGAAUUAAUAAAAUAACCUAUUAGUUUAAAUUUAUAAUUUUUAAAUGUUAAAACAAAUGAAUUGAUUGAGAAGGUAAUAGAUAUUGAAUUAUAAUUGAUAACAGUAUUAUAGAAUAUUGAGAGUAAAAAUUGUAAAAAUUGCAAAGAUUUUUAGGUUUUUAUUAAUUAAAGAAAAAUUGAUUAAAAUUAAACCAUUGAAUAAUUAAAUAUUUCUAAUAAAGAAAUCAUUUAAUAUGAAUGUAAUGCAAUAGAAUUAAAUUUUUGUAUUGGACAAAAAAAUUUUAAUUAUCAUGCAAAGAAAUCACAUACUCUUUUGAGUUUAGAAAUGGAAAUUAAAAAUAAUUUAUAAGAAAAAAUUCCUUAUAAUUUUUCAAUUUUUAAGUUAAGCAAUUUGAAUUUUACUUAGACUCUUGAAGAAUUAGGACUUGCCUAUCAAAAUGUUACUUUUAAAUUUUUACCAAAAGACAGAUUUGAUUGUUAAAUUAUUUUUGAUAAUAACACUAUAAUUCAAACCUGUUCUCCAAAUAGUACAAUAGGAGAUUUAGAGAAAACUAUUGCAAAUUAAAAAGGAAUAGAAAGUUUUAAACUUCAAUCUUUUUAUGGAUAUUUACCUUUAAAGAAAAAUGAAUAGUUGAAAAAUAUUUAUUUGGAUGAGAAAUCUGCAAUUAUUAUGAAAAUAUGUUAAUUAAUAGAAAUAAACUUAAUGGAUAUUGAUACAAAAGAAUAAAGGAUUGUAAUUAUUAACAUAGACGAUCCUAUUAAAUUGAUUUUAGAUAAUGAAGGAUUGGAGAAUAUUCUAGAUGUCUAUUAUGAGAAUGAACCAAUUGAUAUAAAUUUAAAUUGCCAAUAACUUUAAAUAAGAACUAAUUCUACAUUGUAGUAUAAAUUUUCGUGA